CCCAGAUUGUCGGAAUGCCAAUGAACUUUAGUUCUACUUAGUUGCAACCUAGAGAGAGAAAGAAAGAGAGAAAAGCAAAGGGGAUAAGAAAGAACAAUGGGAAAUAGUUAACAUAAUUGACAGACAAUGGAAACCCUAGCUAGUUCAACCUGGCUUCUCUAUAAAGUAGGCAGCCCGCGGGACGACUUCGAUAUUUGGCAGUGGGCCGAGCCAAGCUAAGGGUCUCAUUUCGCCCCAAAAACUCAUCCCAAGCGGUGCCUGAAGAUGAUCUCUAAAAAAGUCACGGAACGGGAUUGCUUGUUCCUCCCUUCUCUUCUUUUUAAAUCCCAUCAUGUCCGAUCAAGUCGAUACUACUUCUCGAGUCGAUCCCAUCCACCCGGUUCCUUCUAGACUACUCGAUUCAGCCCAAUGCCCUACUCCCUUUGUCAGUUCCUUUGACCAAUACAAGGCUAUGUGGAAGGAGUCUGUCGAGCAACCUGAUAAGUUCUUUGGCAACCUCGCCAACGAACUCCUUACUUGGUCUAAGCCAUUUGAGACAGUCCGUCACGGUUCCUUUGAAAGCGGUGAUGUCGCUUGGUUUUUGGAGGGUGAAUUGAACGCCUGUUAUAACUGUGUCGACCGUCAUGCACUGAAGAACCCUAACAAGGUCGCCAUUAUCCACGAAGGAGAUGAGCCAGAUUACGUCAGAAAGAUCACCUAUGGUGAACUUUUGCAAGAAGUAUGCAAGCUUGCCAAUGUGCUCAAGGCUCAGGGCGUGAAGAAAGGUGAUAACGUUGCCAUUUAUAUGCCUAUGAUUCCUGAAGCCAUGAUUGCCCUUUUGGCGUGUGCUCGUAUUGGUGCCCCCCAUUCUGUCAUCUUUGCUGGAUUCUCAGCUGAAUCCCUUCGCGAUCGUGUGGUUGAUGCAUCUGCUAAAGUGGUCAUUACCGCAGAUGAAGGUCGUCGUGGUGGUAAGAACAUUGCUACCAAGCGUAUUGUGGACGACGCCCUUGCUCAGUGCUCCACUGUCAGCAGUGUCUUGGUCUACCGCCGCACUGGCUCAGAGAUCCCCUGGACUGCUGGCCGUGAUUUGUGGUGGCAUGAGGAGAUGGACAAGGCUAGAGCUUACUGUGCUCCUGAGCGUAUGAACGCAGAAGAUCCCUUGUUCUUGCUCUAUACUUCUGGUUCCACUGGUACCCCCAAGGGUGUUCUCCACACCACCGGUGGUUACCUUUUGGGAGCUGCCGCUACUGUCAAGUAUAUCUUUGAUUACCAUGAAGAUGAUAUUUUCGCCUGUAUGGCUGAUAUUGGUUGGGUCACUGGUCACUCUUACAUCGUUUAUGGUCCUCUUACUUUGGGUGCUACCACCGUUCUUUUCGAAUCCACUCCCACAUACCCUACCCCUGCUCGUUUCUGGGAGUUGAUUGCCAAACACAAGAUCACUCAAUUCUACACUGCUCCUACAGCUAUCCGAGCAUUGCGUCGAUUGGGUGAUAAGUGGGUGGAUGGCCACGACUUGUCUAGCCUUCGUGUGAUUGGUUCCGUCGGUGAGCCCAUUAACCCCGAAGCUUGGGAUUGGUAUAACGAAAAGGUGGGCAAGGGCCGAUGCGCCGUUGUCGAUACCUACUGGCAAACCGAGACUGGUUCCAUUAUCAUCACUCCCCUUCCUGGUGCCAUUGCUACCAAACCCGGUUCCGCCACUUUCCCCUUCUUCGGUAUCAACCCCGUCUUGCUCGACCCCAACACUGGCAAGGAAAUCGAGGGUAAUGGUGUCACUGGUGUCUUGGCUGUCAAGCAGCCCUGGCCCUCUAUGGCCCGUACCGUGUACAACAACCACAGCCGUUUCCUUGAGACUUACCUCAAGCCAUACCCUGGCUACUACUUCACAGGUGAUGGUGCUUCCCGUGAUAUCGAUGGUUACUACUGGGUUCGUGGCCGUGUUGAUGACGUUAUCAAUGUUUCCGGCCAUCGUCUUUCUACCUCUGAAAUUGAGUCUGCUUUGGUUCUUCACCACUCUGUUGCCGAAGCUGCCGUCAUUGGUGGCCAUGAUGACUUGACUGGUCAAUGCAUCCACGCUUUCGUUACUCUCAAGCCUAAUGUCGAGGAAGCUGAAGGUCUUGAAAAGGAGUUGACUUUGCAAGUUCGCAAGAUCAUUGGUCCUUUCGCCACUCCCAAGCGUAUCUACCUUGUCAGUGACCACCCCAAGACUCGCUCUGGCAAGAUCAUGAGACGUAUUCUCAGAAAGAUUGUCAACAGUGAGCAUCAUGAGCUCGGCGACACCUCCACUCUUGCUGAUCCUUCUAUCAUCCCCUCUUUGAUCACCAAGGUUCACGGUUGAACAUAAUCAUCUACAUCCCCACACAUUAAUUUUUUACUGCUCUUCGUUCGCCCUAUCUUUAAAAGUUGUGUGUUUCACAUAAAAAAAAUGCAAUUGUACUAUCAAAAAUUUUGAGACCAGGGUUUACCAAAUGGAAUACCAAUAAAACUUUUACAAGUAAAAACAAGCAAAAGAAGAUGUCCAAAGUACAUGUAGAAAGCUAUCAUGUGACACAUUCGUUACAACUU